AUGUCCGAUCAAACAUCAUCGGGUGAUACAUCUGGUUCCGCUGAACUCAAAGCUGGUCGUCCUCCAGCGAUAAAAGUUGGUGGUAUGCGUGUUGGUGCAUCCCGUCCUCGACAAACAUCACAAGGCGAUGAUAAAGAAAGAAGUGUGAAUACUGAUGAAAUCUCAGGAGAUAGCACAAAUGCUGAAGGUAAACAAGGAACAUCUGGCAAUACUAAUCAAGAAGAUCUCUAUGAUGGACAAGAAUCAGGAGCUGUAUCAAAUCAUGUAGCUGGUCAGAUGGUAUCUGGAACAUUUGUACCUAUUCAAAAAGCAUUUCCAACUGAAGCCGUAAAAACUAUUCAUGAUAAACAUGGUAAACAUCCAAAAAAUGAUUUUCAUAAUCAUUCAAAACAUGAUGAUCAACGUGUUAUAAAUCAACCACGCAAACAAUAG